AUGUCCUUUGAACUCACUAAGGUGGCGCCGCUGGGCAAACGCGUUCGGUCUCGCGAUGCCUGCAUUUACUUGCAACGCGUCAUGAAUUCUGUGGGUUGGACACCGCCUUCGAACUGGACGCGAUGGAUCUACAUGAUCUGGACUGUGACAACGACAUUCUGCUGCAUUAUUUAUAUGCCUGGUGGCUUCUUCAUCAACUACUUUCUUGAAAUUAAAAGCUUCACGCCCGUCCUGUUUCUCACCUCCUUGCAAGCGGGCAUCAAUGCCGCCGGUUGCGCGAUUAAAGCAUCCCUAACCUUCUUGAAUAUCUGGCGUUUUCGAAGGGCCAAUGAGCUCCUGGACCGCAUGGAUAAGCGCGUCGUGACCGAUGCAGAACGGCUACAAAUACAUCAAGUGGUUGCUCGCUGUAGUCGCAUAUUCCUAGCCUAUCAGACCGUCUACUAUUUCUUCAUAACAUCGAAUUUUGCCAGCGGUCUGCUGAACAACGUACCGCCCUGGAAUAUUUACAAUCCCCUCAUAAAGUGGCGUCGCAGCAAACUAGAACUCUAUGCCGCUUCCUGGCUGGAAUAUGUAAUCAUGCUUUUUACCGGAACCCAAAACCUAAUCACCGACACUUAUCCGCUAAUGUACGGCAUUCUAUUACGCACCCACAUCAAUCUUCUGAAGCAGCGCGUCGAAAAACUUCGCACCGAACAAAAUGACAGCAACGAGAAGCAUUACGAGGAUCUAAUUGAUUGCAUUAGUGAUCAUAAGCUAAUUAUAGAGUACAGCAGCAUCAUUCGGCCCGUCAUUUCUCAGACAAUUUUCACGCAGUUUCUAAUAAUUGGCGUGAUUCUCGGCUUGUGUCUUAUCAACUUGUUCUUUUUUGCCGAUUUGUUUAUUGGCAUCACAACAGCUGUCUUCAUCGUUGCCAUAUGCCUGGAGACUUUCCCCUUCUGCUACAUUUGCAAUCUGAUAAUGGACGAUUGCGAGACACUCACCAAUACCUUAUUUCAAUCCAACUGGAUCGACGCUGAUCGAAGGUAUAGGACUACAUUACUCUACUUUUUACACAAUGUACAGCAACCGAUCGUUUUCAAAGCCGGCGGAUUUAUGCAAAUUUGCGUGAGCUCCAAUAUAACGGUUGCUAAAUUCGCCUUUUCUGUGUUGGCGAUUGUGAAUCAAAUGAAUAUCACCGAAAGGUUUACAUAG